AUGGAAGUUUCAGCCUAUACACCACCGCCCAGUGAGACAGACGUCGAUAUGGAACCCGAAUCACUGCAAAAUCAUUCAGAAGACGUUGUUGGAGGAGCGUCACCAAUGAGCACUGCAGUCACUGGAAGUAUCUCGUGGUACAGUAUGCCACCGUCAGAGACAAAUAGUCUCGCUCGUUAUCGGAAUAAACCAGACAAAUCGCUCCACCAACUAAGAACGGCCAUGCACCACCAACCACCAAAUCGAGAAAGAGCUUUCAAUCUGUCAAUCCUUACGGUGUCCGGGCCGGAUUACCUAGAGGGCCUUGCGCUCAACGAAUCGGCCGUAGGCUCAGAACUGAACAAGGCGUUUCUGGAGGCGGAGGAAACAGAUAAAGAAAGAACA